CACUGACCUCACGCCCCUCAGCGCCAUACCCAAUGGUUCCAGCACCCCCGCUCCGCUCAAUGCACCCCGCUUCCUCGCCCUGUGCUGCGUCCUCUUCUACCGCUUCCCCCUUCUACACUCCCUCAGCUUGUUCUUCUCCUCUCCUCUGCACUACACCCCAACUACAACGCAGCGCAACCAACCCAACCCAACCAAACCAAACCACAACCAAACCACACCAAACACAACGCAACGCAAUGCCCGCCCCCGCCCCCACGCCCACAGCACACAAGCCGAAAGCGCCGCUCUCGCCCUCCUCGUCCCUCGACGGCAGCGGCGGCGGCAGCAGCAACGCCAGCAGCAUAGGCAAAGCGCCCUCGACCAUGAGCAGCUACACGCCGACGUACAGCGCGCCGAGGAGCGAGGCCCCGGCCGUGCAGGCGCCCGCUACCACCGUCGAGAACAACGUCUCGCUGCCCGAUGCCGUGUGUGGCUACGCUGGGGGAUCUUGUGGGGAGGAUUGAAGGUGGGUUUGGGCUUUACUUACACUGCACUGCUUCCUCUCCGCCUUCUCGCGUGCUCGCUGUCGCUCUCUGCGCUCACUAACCCCCCACAAACAGCAAACGCACACACGCUCUUCCGGAUCCACCCCCGCCUGCGCGUCACCACAGCCCUAGCGCCCUGCACCAGCACCGCCGGCCAGCACGCCAAGCAAGCGCAAUGCCACGCGCUGGUCGUCGCGCCCAAGAACGCCGAGAGCUCCAGCGGCCGCUACAAAGUCCUCUUGCGCGGAAAAGCCGUCGUGAUCGGUUCGGGGGGCGGAAGCGCCGCUAGUGCGCUUGGGAGACGGGAGGCGCUGGAGGCGCUGUUGGAUGAGGUCGAGCGGAGGAUGGGGAGGGAGAUGUUCGCUUAGUUGGGGAGGGGGAGGGGAUGGGGGUGUUUGCGUUUGGGGUUGGGAGAGGGCGUGUGUGCGUGGAGGACUUGCCGCGUCUGCUGGGUGCUGGGUUGGCUAAGACCUAUCUGCACUGGGUGUAUAGUGUAUAUAUACGCAUGACGCCUGUUAAGACUCUACGUUGC